CCAUUCUUCUUCCAGCUUCUAGCAAAGUAGCAUAUAUUAAGACAGAAAAUGGAAAUGAAAGAGGAGAGGAAGGAUAGUAAUAAUGAGCAAGUGAAGAUGAUUAAGGAGAGCAAUGAUGAGAAGAAAGAGGAGAAAAAGGAUGAGCAACCUCCUCUAAUGGCGUUGAAUCAUGUGUCGAGGCUUUGUAGGGAUGUGCAGAAGUCUAUAGAUUUCUAUACCAAAGUUCUUGGGAUGGUCUUGACUGAAAGGCCACAAGCUUUUGAUUUUGAAGGUGCUUGGCUGUUUAAUUAUGGGGUUGGGAUUCACCUUGUUCAAGCCAAGGAUGAAGAUAGGUUGCCUGAUCCUCAUCAGAGCUUGGAUCCCAUGGACAACCACAUCUCCUUUCAGUGUGAAGACAUAGAAGCAAUGGAGAAGAGAUUGAAGGAACACAAGGUGGAGUAUAUAAAGAGGACAGUGGAUGAAAAUGGGACAAAGAUAGACCAGUUGUUCUUUGAUGACCCAGAUGGAUUCAUGAUUGAGAUAUGCAAUUGUGAGAAUCUUAAGCUCGCUCCUGCUGGUUCGAUUGGCAAAAUUAAGCUUCCCAAGGAUCGCCAUAUCCCACCAGUGGAUGUGGAAAAUGGAAGGAAUGACUCGAAAACGGAAAGCUCUGCUUGAAUGGCAUGUUAAUGUUAUUGUUAGGCUGAAAUGAAAAGCAGAGUUUGUUUGUUAUAAUACAAAGUUAUAAAGAGUUGUGGUGUAAAUGAAAAUGGAAAAAUUGCAGUUGCAAUUUAUACA